AUGAACAGCGGACAGACUUCGUCGCUUCCCCCCUUGCCACCUAGCCACGCAUACUCCUCUUCGUCCUCAUCCCCACGGCUAGGCUCGCAUUCCUCCUAUACGUCUGUUGCCUCCUCCAACGGACCCCGAACGCCCCCUUCUCUUCCCGACAACGCAAUCACUGGACCGGCCACCGCCAUCUCAAAGUACGACGCCAUGAACAGCGGCCCACCGCACAGUGAGAUGUAUUACCCACAGCACAUGUCCGGGGCACAGCAACAGCAGCCACCAGUCUCCUCGGGGCCCAUCAGUCACUACUCCAACCAGCCUCCGAUCAUGCAGCAUGGCCAGCCGUACUCCAAUGGCGGCCCGGCGCCGUACUCUUAUGCGUACGGCAACGGCAUGACCUCGCCAUCUGGCGGCCACAUGCCCGGCGGCCUGCCGAACCAGAACGUUCUGCCUCUGCCAGGUCAGGGUGGCGUGCCGCCCGGCUAUGCUUUUGAUUCGACAGGCCAGAACCCCCCUCCAGGCAUGAAGCCCCGUGUCACGGCGACACUCUGGGAAGAUGAAGGCAGCCUGUGCUUUCAAGUCGAGGCUCGUGGUAUCUGCGUCGCGCGUCGUGAAGUAGACAAUCACAUGAUUAACGGAACCAAGCUGUUGAACGUGGCUGGCAUGACACGCGGGCGACGUGACGGUAUUUUAAAGAGCGAGAAGGUUCGCCACGUUGUCAAAAUCGGCCCAAUGCACCUCAAAGGUGUCUGGAUUCCCUAUGAGCGCGCCCUUGACUUCGCCAACAAGGAGAAGAUCACCGAGCUCCUGUAUCCGUUGUUCGUGCACAACAUCGGCGCACUGCUCUACCACCCGACAAACCAGAGCCGCACAACGCAAGUCAUGGCCGCUGCUGAGCGUAGAAAGCAAGAGCAGGGCCAAGCGUUGCGUUCACCCACUGGCCAGGGCAAUUCCGGCUCGCUGCCUUCGAUACAGCCGCCGCAUUCCAUGGGCAUGCCAGGGUCGCAGCCCCCGCUCCCCUCCAGCAACAUGGGCCGACCUUCUCUCGACCGCUCCAACACAUUCCCAACACCCCCUGCGAGCACCUCUAGCGUCAUGCCCAACAUGGGCAACUCGGAUAGCUUUGGGUGGCAAGGGCAGGGUAUGAACGGGUCUCAAGCUACCACCCCGCCCGGCUCGAUGCCUUCCUACCACUCUAGCGGCCAAGGCUACGACAACUCGCGCUCUCUCUAUAACACGGCUCCCAACCAGCAGUCGCCGUACGCGCCGUCGACCAAUGGCUCACAAGAUCGCCUGUACAGCCAUGCGCACGCCUACCCGAAGCAUGAGAUGGGUCCCCCGGCGAGCAGGCCAUCUGGCUCGGGCCCCAUGGGUGAGGGCGACUCCAAAGCCGGCAUCCUGCCCUCGGAGAACGCACCGCAGCCGCACGGCGAGGAGGAAGGCGAGCACGAGCACGAUGCCGAGUACACGCACGACAGCAGCGCGUAUGAUCACAACAGGCCCUCGUACAGCUACACCGCCCCUGGCGUAGGCGCCUUGACUAGCGACAACAACAAUGUCGACCCCAACAUGACGGGCUCACCUAACCACCACCCUGGAUCUGGCCGGGCCACCCCCCGCACGGCAGCGCAGCCUCAGCCCUACUACUCCCACACGUCGGGCUACGGCAGCUCCCCGCGUGUGCAACAACACCCAUCCCACUUCUACAACGGAGUGAACGGUGACCGUCCGGCCACAAAUGGCAGCACGGGCGGCGAUGUCUAUGCGCCUCCCGCUGAGAUGUCCAACUCUAUGCCCAAUGGCGGCUACGCGCCCCAGCCACCCAUGAGCAACGCUCCUGUUGGCGGUGUCAAGCGCGGCCGCGAAGACGAGGAGCUUCCCCGCCAGAUGGGCGAGCUCCCUGGCAUGGACCUCAAGCGUCGGAAAACAAUGGAGUCGAAUCUCCCGGCUCCCCCCUUCGACUCGAUGGGACCACGGCCUGCGUCGUCAGUUCCCAGCGACCCACGACCGCGGUAGGUGCAUCACCUCCGCAUCUGCCGCCCAUUGCCCGCAGACGGCAGUGAAGAGUCGAUUCGGAACCGUUGACGCGCCACGACCACCGGUGCUCCCAUGCUCCCAAGCAUGACAUGCAUGCCUUGCUCGUCAUGGGACGUACACGGUUUAUGAGAUAAACGCUUCCACAAGAGGAUAUAAUUCCGGACGAAGCGCCGCCCCCGCGCAAUUUGCACGCGAUCAUCGUUAUUUGCCUUCAUCGACAUACCGGGCCGUUUCAUGCGGGAAACCAUCCUUGCUCCCUUGUAACGACCACCAAGGGGCUUGCGAUAUCCCCGACGGCCUCAUCGAACGAUUGCUAUUUCCUUGCUACAUGUUUCUUGCUCAUUUUU